CCUCUUUGCCCUUCCCUUCAAAUUUCUCCGAACAUUCUGGCAAAACAGGUGCACGCUGCCAAAUUUCCGUAAGGCAAAACCUUGCAAAAAGAGGAGUUUUAGUUACCCAUCGACUAUAGUCAAGAGUUAAUUAUGAUGAAAGCACCAGUACUUGUUCUCAAGGACACCGUCCAAAGAGAAUCAGGAAAAAAAGUACAGUUAGGAAAUAUUGGAGCAGCCAAGGCUGUUGCAGAUGUUAUAAGGACAUGUCUUGGACCAAGAGCAAUGUUAAAGAUGCUGAUGGAUCCUAUGGGUGGUAUUGUGAUGACCAACGAUGGUAAUGCCAUUUUGCGGGAAAUCAUUGUUCAGCACCCUGCUGCUAAAAGUAUGAUUGAAAUUAGCAGAGCACAGGACGAAGAAGUCGGUGAUGGUACAACAUCAGUUGUGAUCUUGGCUGGGGAGAUGCUCAGUGUUGCAAGUCAGUUUCUGGAGGAUCAGAUGCAUCCGACGCUGAUUAUUGCUGCCUACAGACAAGCAUUAGAUGAUAUGAUUGAUAUCCUGAAGAACCAGAUUAGCACACCAAUUGAUGUGAAUGACGAUAAGGAGAUGAUGAAAAUCAUUCAGAGUUGCCUGGGAACUAAGUUAAUGGGCAACUGGGGUGACUUGGCCUGCUCUAUUGCUUUAAAAGCUGUUAGGACUGUUCUUAAAGAUGACAAUGGAAGAAGAGAGAUUGACAUCAAGCGAUACGCUAAAGUCGAAAAGGUUCCUGGUGGCUCAUUGGAAGAUUCCAGGGUACUUGAUGGCAUUAUGUUGAACAAAGAUGUCACUAACGCAAGAAUGAGAAGGCGAAUUGAGAAUCCACGAAUCCUGCUUUUAGAUUGUACAUUAGAGUAUAAGAAAGGGGAGAGUAUGACAAAUAUAGAAAUUACCAAAGAAGAAGAUUUCAACAAAAUUCUUCAGCUGGAAGAGGAGUAUAUAAAGAAAGUAUGCAAUGAGAUCAUUGGACAUAAGCCUGAUCUUGUUUUCACUGAAAAGGGUGUAUCUGAUCUUGCCCAGCAUUUCUUGGCUAAAGCAAAUAUUUCUGUCAUUCGACGCAUCAAGAAGACGGACAAUAAUCGACUUGCCAGGGCCAUAGGUGCAACGAUCGUCAAUAGAACCGAAGAAAUAAAGGAAGAAGACAUCGGAAAGGGUGCAGGCUUAUUUGAAAUCAAGAAGUUUGGUGACGAGUAUUUCACAUUUAUAACAAAAUGCAAAGACCCAAAGGCUUGCUCGAUCCUGCUCAGGGGAGCAAGCAAGGAUAUUCUACACGAAGUCGAUCGAAACUUGAAUGAUGCUUUAAAUGUUGCAAGAAACGUGCUUUUGGAACCUCGCCUUGUCCCUGGAGGUGGUGCUGCCGAGAUGGCUCUUAGCCACGCCCUGGAGGAGAAGGCUAAGGCAAUAUCCGGUGUUAUGCAAUGGCCGUACAUCGCAGUUGCCAAAUCUUUAGAAGUGAUCCCACGAACACUCGUGCAGAACUGCGGCGGAAACACCAUUCGAACACUGACUGCCUUACGUGCCAAGCACGCGGAAACAGGCAAUUCAUGCUGGGGAAUUGACGGAGAAAAGGGAGCCAUUGCUGAUAUGAAGGAGUUAGGAAUAUGGGAUUGUUUCGCUGUGAAAGUGCAGACAAUCAAAACUGCCAUGGAGACAUCUAUGCUGUUGCUGCGCAUCGAUGAUAUCGUGUCCGGUUCCAAGAAGGCUGGUGGAAAGGAGGGCACAGGGAGCGGUGCUGCACCAACUGAAGAAUCGAAGGCAGAUGACUAAAAAAAGACCGAUGAUGCAAAAACACGACCCGCGUUUCUUGAAAUAGGAACCGGAUUUUGAUAGAUACCGGCUACGGACGGUUCAACUAAGGUUGUCAGAGGUAGAAGUGCUUGUUUUGCCUUAAAAAGCAGGUUGGUGAUUUCAGCCAUCGCCAAAAGAACAAUAUUUUUUUCUGAACUAUUUCUAAGUUCGUUGGUUAUGCAGAAGAUUUUCUUUAUGAUUGCCUAGGUUUUGUCAAUACCGGCAGUGGCUUGUUGCAGUAUUUGCCUCUAAUUUCCCGAUCUUGUUCUUUU